CAGUCUGCUGCUUCGGGUUAGGACAGUCCUCUGGGGAAGAGCGGAGUUCGUUUGUUAGCUGGGGGGGGCAAAUAGCCGGACUCCCUUGCCUUUAGCGGAGGUGUGGCAGGCAGAUAUCCAGCAGGUUGCGUUGGCCCCCGUUCGGUAAUGUACCGAGAGGAAGCCACUACCGGUUGAACUCCUGCCAACUAUUCUGCUUCAGCAGUUGAUUCUUCCUUUUUUGCACGGAGAUGCGCUGUUUGUCGGAGGAGAGGUUGCUUGCCGUUCUCAGCACGGGUGUGUGUGUUGGUUUGGGUCACGCUUCCUCUGUUGGACUUCUGUCUGCAAUGACGCUAUUAAGAAGGAUUCUUGCUGGAGAGGGAGGUUGGUUCUGGCUUUCCAAAUACAGUUGGGCCACAACUCGCAGUUGAUCCCAGUCAGCAUGGCCACCUGGAGAUGCCACUGGGGGUUGAAUCUGGGACCUUCUGCAUGCAAGAAGAUGCUCUGGCAGUGAGCUGCGGCUUUCCCCUUUGUUCCUCAUGUGCUGAGCACCAUCAGAGCAGCCAGAUACAUGCCCCAGUUGGCAACAAGGGUGGAGCUGAACCUGGCCUGAUUUUGCAACGUCUUAAACAUUCCUAAAAUCUCAGCCACAGUGGGUUUGACCGAGGAGCAGAAGGAGUUCCAAAAAGUGGCCUUUGACUUUGCUGCCAAAGAGAUGGCCCCCCACAUGGCUGAGUGGGAUGAAAAGGAAAUAUUCCCUGUGGAGACAGUACGGAAAGCAGCUCAGCUGGGGUUUGGUGGGAUCUAUGUGCAGCCAGACGUGGGGGGCUCUGGAUUGUCCCGGCUUGAUACCUCCAUCAUCUUUGAGGCUCUGUCGACAGGCUGUGUCAGUACGACAGCUUAUAUCAGCAUCCACAACAUGUGCAAUUGGAUGAUCGACACCUUUGGGACAGAGGAACAGAGGCACAAGUUCUGCCCAUCGCUUUGCAGCAUGGAAAAGCUUUCCUCCUACUGUCUGACUGAGCCAGGAAGUGGAAGUGAUGCGGCUUCCCUGCUAACUUCAGCCCGGAAGAAAGGGGACACUUACAUUCUGAACGGCUCCAAGGCCUUCAUUAGCGGUGGCGGCGACACAGACCUGUACGUGGUGAUGUGCCGGACAGGAGGGCCAGGCCCCAAAGGAAUCUCGUGCCUGGUUCUGGAGAAAGGGACUCCCGGCUUGAGUUUUGGCAAAAAGGAGAAAAAGAUGGGCUGGAACUCCCAGCCGACACGCGCCGUGAUAUUUGAGGACUGUGCCGUUCCCGUCGCUAACCGGCUGGGAGAGGAAGGAACGGGCUUCAACAUUGCCAUGAAAGGCUUGAAUGGAGGGAGGAUUAACAUUGCCUCUUGUUCUCUAGGUGCCGCCCAUGCCUCAGUCCUUUUGGCUCGGGAUCACCUCAACGUCCGCAAGCAGUUCGGGGAGCUGCUGGCUAGCAAUCAGUACCUCCAGUUCCGGCUGGCUGAGAUGGCAACCCGCUUGGUGGCUGCCCGGCUCAUGGUGCGAAAUGCGGCACAGGCACUGCAGGAGGGGCGUGAGGAUGCUGUGGCCCUCUGCUCCAUGGCCAAGCUCUUUGCCACGGAUGAAUGCUUUGCGAUCUGCAACCAAGCCCUGCAGAUGCACGGGGGCUACGGGUACCUGAAGGACUACGCAGUGCAGCAGUUUGUACGAGACAUCCGUGUGCACCAGAUUUUGGAAGGUACUAACGAAGUGAUGAGGAUGAUAGUGGCCAGGAAUUUGCUACAGGCAUAGUGUCAGGAGCUGGUCUUCAGACUCUUGCUUUGCUGGAUUUGAAACAAGGAGAGUUUGGAGGAGAGUUUUCUUUUUCACCACCAGCACUCCACCCACCCACCGAUCUCUCCCCCAAUGGGCACGGCUCAAAACCCACCAUGUGGCAGUCGGUGCCUGACAAGAAAGGCCACACAAGGAUGGUGAAUUGCAGAGCCUUUGCCCCCUAAAGGCAGUUAGCUCCCAAUUCCUGAAGGCAGGAGCUAUAGUCUUGAUGGGCUUUGAUACCAAGAGCCUUGCAAUGCGGAUGGGCAGAAGGAAGAGGAAAUCAGUUCUGGGUUUCGCACAGGUUGGGGGAAAGGGAUAUAUUUGUUACAUCCUUAUUUCCUGGAGAUUACACUUUUUCCCCAGGGGAAAACCACAAAGGCCAUUUAAGCCUUGCCUUUUCCUUCAAGACGCAGGUCCUCUUUUUUUAGGUUAAGUUGGCAGGUGAGGAGGAGCUCUCUCCUCUCUUGCUAAAUCAGGGGUGGCUAAAUCCAGAUGUUGCUGACAUCAGCACCAGUCAGCAUAGCCAUUGGUCAGGGUCCAGGGAUGAUGGAAGUUGUAGUUCUGCAAUAUCUGGAAGGCCACAACUUAGCGCGCCCCCCCCCCCCCGUAGUAAACCCAAAGGAGCGGGAAACUGCAGCCUUCCAUAGCGCUCAUUAUUCCUGGCCAUGCUUGCUAGAGCUGAUGGAAGUUGGAGUUGGUAGUCCUAUAGGUUCCCCAUAUCUAUUAAACCCCACGGCAAUCCCCUCAAUUUCCACCAAAGCUCGCUCUGUCUCCCACCAUCGUUCAGAUGGUGCUAAUCCUCUUCACCAUCAGAUCAUUUGGGCUGCAGCAAGAAAGCCUUUUGACGCACAACAGGGUCUCAAUCUGGGAAUUUCCAGCGGGCCGAUAGCACAAAGAGUGUCUAGAGUGCUGAUCCGGGUCAUUUUCUUUUACUACUCCAUGCUGGAAUCAAUAAAUUGCUGUUUCUAA